AUAUAAAACCACAAAUCCAAACACUCCAUCCACAAUGGAUCAACAACUCAUCAUCUUCCACUAUAUGCAUCAAUCCACCCCCACCGCCGCCGCCUCUUCCUCCACCACCACCUCCUCCUCCACAAAUUCAUCUUCAAUCCACAGAUCAAGCAAGACAUACCGGGGAGUCCGGCGCCGGAGCUGGGGGAAAUGGGUGUCGGAAAUCCGAGAGCCAAGAAAGAAAUCAAGAAUAUGGCUCGGGACCUUCGCCACCGCCGAAAUGGCGGCGCGGGCCCACGACGCAGCGGCCCUCGCCAUCAAGGGCCGCUCCGCCGUCCUCAACUUCCCGGAGCAGGCCGAGAAGUUGCCCCGCGCCGCCUCCAAGUCCCCGAAAGACGUCCAGGCUGCAGCCGCCAAAGCGGCGGAGAUGGCGGCGGAGCACGGCGGCGCUACGGACCAACUCUCGCCCUUGUCUUCUUCUGUUUCUUCUUCCUCUUCCUCUUUAGAUGAGGAUGAUGCGUUUAAUGGCUUGCCGGAUCUUUUUAUGGGCGUCGAUCAUCGUGAUCGGUGGCUCUACACGGCUGUGGCGGCGCCGCCGUGGGUGGAGACGGCCGGUACUGAAUUAUUGCAUGAAGGCAUUUUCUCGUGGGACUUCACUUGAAUUUUUAAUUUAAUAAUUAGUGUAAACCAAAACAAAAAUUAAAUAAAUGUGUUUGCUUUUGUAGUAUAAUAUCUUAGUUUCUUUAGCGGUCAUUUUCAUUUAAUUUAGAUAUUUUUAGCUCAAGAUUGAGUUUCAUAGUU